GUGAAAGUGAGUCUGAGCGACAGCAGAGCUGCAGUCGAGACAAGUCUCUCUGUUUAUCUCUGAAGAAACAUUCAACUGAAUCCAGCAGCUUCUUCUCAACAACACAACAGAGUCUCUGACAAACUCUGAGUGUAGAUAUGUCUGCUGCCAGCUGUCUGCUGACUGAAGAUCAGUUUCUGUGCUCCAUCUGUCUGGAUGUGUUCACUGAUCCAGUCGCCAUACCAUGUGGACACAACUUCUGUAAAACCUGCAUCACUCAACACUGGAACGUUAAUGUCCCGUCUCAGUGUCCCAACUGUAAAAAGGUUUUUAACACCAGACCUGAGCUGCAGAUCAAUACUUUCAUCUCUGAGAUGGCUGCUCAGUUCAGACAGUCAGCUCAACAGAAAACCGAGCUGGGGAAGACUGAGGCUGAAAUUCAGCAGAUGAUCCAGAAGAGAGAACUGAAGAUUCAGGAGAUCAAACACUCAGUGGAGCUCAGUGAGGAAGAUGCAGACAGAGAGAUAGCAGAUGGUGUUUACGUCUUCACCGCUCUGAAGGAGUCUGUUGAGAGAAGAAUGAACGAGCUCAUGCACACGAUCAAAGAGAAGCAGAGAAAGACAGAGAAACAGGCUGAAGGCUUCAUCAAAGAGCUGGAACAGGAAAUCUCUGAGCUGAAGAAGAGAAGCACUGAGGUGGAGCAGCUCUCACGCUCUGAAGACCACCUCCACCUCCUCCAGAGCUUCAGGACCCUGAACACUGCUCCACCCACCAGGAACUGGACAGGAGUCAGAGUCAGUUCACCUUCACAUGAGGGGACUGUGAGGAGAGCUGUGAACCAGCUGGAGGAGACGCUCAGUGAACAGAUGAAGAAGCUGCUCACUGAGGCCGAGCUGAAGAGGGUCCAGCAGUCUGCAGUGGAUGUGACUCUUGAUCCUGAUACAGCACAUCCCAAACUCAUCCUGUCUGAUGAUGGAAAACAAGUUAAACUUGGUGAUGUAAGGAAGAAUCUCCCAGACAAUCCAGAGAGAUUUGAUCGUUGGGCUAAUGUUUUAUCAAAGCAGAGUUUCUCUUCAGGAAGAUUUUACUACGAGGUUCAGGUUGAAGGGAAGACUAAGUGGGAUUUAGGAGUGGCCAGAGAGUCGAUCAACAGGAAGGGAAGCAUCACACUGACUCCUCAGGAUGGUUACUGGACGAUAUGUUUGAGUAAUGAGAAUAAGUACAAAGCUUGUGCUAACCCUUCAGUCCGUCUCUCUCUGAAGUCUCAGCCUCAGAAGGUGGGGGUGUUUGUGGAUUAUGAGGAGGGUCUGGUCUCCUUUUAUGAUGUUGAUGCUGCAGCUCUUAUCUACUCCUUUACUGGCUGCUGCUUCACUGAGAAACUCUACCCAUUCUUUAGUCCUAGUCCUAAUGAAGGUGGUAAAAACUCUGCUCCUCUGAUCAUCUCUCCUGUCAAUCACACCGAGUAGAACAAACACUUGAUGUUCUACAGAUAGACUCUUUCAUUUAAUGUAACAAAUCUAUAUUAUUGGUGAUUUACGGUGUAAACAUUGAUUCUUCACAUUCUGAUCAAUGGGUUUUUUCUAUUUGUCUGUAAAUGUUUUUCUCCUCCAACACACAGCCAUUAAGCCACUGAUUGAUAUUAUCUAAUGUAGUCUAAUUCAUUCUAUUAACUGCAUAACCUGCCUUCAACACUGUUGAAUCAUCAGAAACAAUGUACUCAGGAAUAAGAAGCAUUUCAACAUUCCUUAAAUAUCUGGGUGCAAAAUUAAAAUGUUUGUCUGAUUAUUGUAUAUAUAAUAACUUAUGAAUAAUCUUACAAAUUAUUGGAUAAAGUCAUGAACCACUUAUUUUAUAUUUUAAUAAAAGGUGUUAAAGGGUUUUCAUCAUUUCUGAAUUAACAGAAGAAUCAAGAGAUCUCUGUCUGGUAUGUUUUUAGGGGUCAAUAAAAGAUGAAUUAUUGAUUCAUAUUUGUAGAAAAUGAAUCAACAAAAUGUGAUCAUGAAACAUUCAGCUUCUGUGACCAGAGAAGAAAGGUUGUGUAUCGUGUUAUUAGUAUUUCAUAAAGUCCUCCUCUCUGCUGAUCCUCAACACAAUAAAAACUGAUGAAGUUUGAA